AGAUGUUGCUGAAACUUAAGAAAACAUUUCAGGUUUUCUGUUCUUAUCAAUGUCAUCAUAGAUGAUUUUCUUUCAUGAUUCAGUGUUUGAAAAAUAUUCAUUGGCACCCUUAUCUUGAAAUCUGAGGCAAAACUAACAAACCCUGAUUCUUAUUUUGCAAUAUGUCUAGCUCGGUAUGGGGAGUGCCCUUGAGACGCUAGCUGGUCAGGCAUUUGGCGCUGGACAAGUUCACAUGCUUGGCAUUUACAUGCAACGCUCAAUUAUAAUCCUAUUCGCCACUUGUGUCGUCCAGGUGCCACUCUACGUGUUUGCAACUCCAAUUCUGAAGCUCCUUGGACAGAAGGAUGAGAUAGCAAAUCAAGCAGGAGUAUUUACACUUCUGGUUCUCCCUCAAUUGUUUUCCCUUGCUGUCAUUUUUCCAACUCAGAAGUUUCUUCAAGCCCAGAGUAAAGUUUCUGUGCUUGCGUGGAUCGCGGUUCUUGCAUUGGUUUCACAAGUUUUUCUAUGUUGGCUUUUCAUUUAUGUAUUUGGGUGGGGAACAUAUGGUGCAGCCAUAGCAUUCGACCUUACAGGUUGGAUCACAGCCUUUGCACAAUUUGGUUAUGUGGUUGGUUGGUGCAAGGAUGGUUGGAAGGGAUUUUCUUGGUCCGCAUUUAAUGAUAUAUGGGCCUUUGUGAGGCUCUCCCUUGCAUCUGCCGUCAUGCUCUGCCUCGAGAUUUGGUAUAUGAUGAGCAUCAUUGUCCUUGCUGGAAACCUUGACAAUGCCGUGACUGCAGUUGGUGCCCUUUCUAUUUGCAUGAACAUUGAUGGGUGGCAGGCCAUGUUGUUCAUUGGAGUCAAUGCUGCUAUAAGUGUUCGUGUCUCAAAUGAGCUUGGCUUUGGACGCCCAAGAGCAACCAAAUAUUCUGUCUAUGUCACAGUCUUUCAAUCACUUCUGAUUGGGAUUCUUUGCAUGAUGGUUGUCCUAGCAACAAGAAAUUAUUUAGGUAUUAUUUUUACGCAUAGCGAAACUAUGCUACGUGCAGUUUCUCGCCUUUCAAUCCUUCUUGGAAUCACAAUGCUUCUCAAUAGUGUCCAACCAGUGAUAUCAGGUGUUGCCAUUGGAGGUGGGUGGCAAUCUAUAGUAGCUUACAUCAACUUGGGCUGUUAUUACAUUUUUGGUCUACCUCUCGGAUAUGUUCUUGGCUAUGUGGCUAAUUUUGGAGUGAUG